GCCAGUGCAGCCACCGAUGCUACGGGGUUCAGCCAGGACAUUAUUGGGAUGCCAGAUUUUCCUACACGAACCAUCAGCCACAGACGUUCUUGGUCGGAGGUUCUUAGCUUACCAGAUGAUAUCAGUUUUGACGGUGACCUUGGGGUUGUUGGCGGCAUGGAUAGCCCAUCACUUUUUGAUGAUACUGAGGAUGAUCUCUUCUCCAUGUACAUUGAUCUUGAAAAGUUCAAUAAAUCUGCUGGAACUGCAGGGGAGGUCUUAGAAGUGGAUGAUCCCUCAGGCACUGCCACGCCUCCUGUUCCUCUACAACAGACAGAGAACCAGGAAUCAAGUUUGAAUGAUAAACCCAAGUUUAGGCAUCAGCAUAGUUACUCUAUGGAUGGCUCCAGUUCAGUGAAAUCAGAGCUAUUGCCAUCUGGCUUGGAGAUUCCAACAGAUGCAGAAACAAAGAAAGCCAUGUCUGCAGCAAAGCUUGCUGAUCUUGCCCUUGUAGAUCCAAAGCGAGCUAAGAGAAUUUGGGCAAACCGGCAGUCUGCUGCUAGAUCAAAGGAAAGGAAAAUGCGCUACAUUGCAGAGCUUGAACGAAAAGUUAAGUUACUUCAAACAGAAGCAACAACAAUGUCAGCUCAGUUGACCAUACUACGGAGGGACACCAACGGGUUGAGUGCUGAAAACAGCGAGUUGAAGCUGCGUUUACAAACCAUUGAACAGCAGGUCCAUCUGCAGGAUGCACUAAAUGAUGCAAUGCGCGAGGAGGUGCAGCUAUUGAAGUUAGCUACCGGACAGAUAACACCAAAUGCAUCAAUGAUGAACUUCAGGCCAUCUCUUGGAACCAAUCAGCAAUUUUAUGACCAUAAUCAAGCAAUGCAAUCUCUCAUAGCAGCUCACCAAAUUAAGCAGCUCCAAAUCCGUUCCCAGCAUCAGCAGCAGCUCCUUCCACACCAGCAUCAGCAUCAGCAACAGCAGCCGCUUCCUGCAGAGGUCAAGGUGAAGGGAACAAUGGCGUCUCAGAACCCAAGAGAUGCUAUUUAUGAUACUAACAACACUCACAAGGAGAGAUGGAACUUACCUUGAGGUCAAUAGCUAUUUCUUUUCUUGUAACUCGCAAUAUAUUUUCUAAUUUGGUUUUAUGACUCCAAACAAUAUAUAGCUGUUCGAACCAUACCAGGAAAUUCGUUUUGAUUAUAAUU